UGCUCUCCUCAGCUCUGAGACCACCGGGGGGGAGGAACUCGGACCGGCGCUCCAGUGCUAGUUAGCAGCCACUUUAUCAGUCUUCUCUUAUUAUUUUCACUUGUUUUUGUUUUUGUUUUGAGUGUUGUUUCACAUGCAGAGAGAUGUGGUUUAUUUAUUUACUCAGCUGGCUGUCGCUGGUCAUCCAGAUAUCCUUCGUCACUCUAGCAAUAGCUGCUGGCCUGUACUACUUGGCAGAACUAAUAGAAGAAUACACAGUAGCCACCAGUCGAAUAAUAAAGUACAUGAUAAUGUUCUCGACAGGUGUGCUGGCAUGUCUCUACAUUUUUGAAGGCUUCCCAGUGUUGAUGGUGGGAGUCGGCCUCUUCACCAACCUGGUGUACUUUGGCCUCCUGCAGACUUUCCCCUACAUACUGCUGAGCUCCCCAAACUUCAUCCUCUCCUGUGUGUUGGUGGUGGUGAACCAUUAUAUGGCCUUCCAGUACUUUGCACAAGAGUAUUAUCCAUUCUCGGAGGUGCUGGCAUACUUCACCAUCUGCCUGUGGGUGAUCCCCUUCGCCUUCUUUGUGUCACUGUCAGCGGGGGAAAAUGUGCUUCCGUCCACCAUGCAACAAGGAGAUGAUGUGGUGUCUAAUUACUUCACUAAGGGCAAGAGGGGGAAGAGGUCCGGGAUCCUCCUCGUGUUCUCUUUCCUCAAGGAGGCAGUGCUGCCCAGCCGACAGAAAAUGUACUGAUGAGCUCAGACUCGGGGUGCAGCCUCGCCAUCGGGGGUGUGCGUGUGUGUGUGUAUGUGUCAGAGAUUUAAGGGGGGAAGCAGGAAGGACAAUGGGAAUUUGUUUCUGGAUGGGACUAAAACAAAGCAGUGGCCGAAGUGGAAGAAGAGCACACGAAGAGGACGGACCAAUGAACAGAGCUUCCUGCUGGAUGAGCCCACGAGUUUACACAGGCCAUGUUCUCCUCUUAUUUUUUUUUUUUCCCUGUCUGUCUGUACUGACUGCCAACAACAUCUAAUAGAGACCUCACUGAGAGGAUCUUGUCUGUAGCGCAGUGCUUUCUAAUUGUCACGUUGGACUCCAUUUUUUAAGCUUUGGUAUUAAAAUAUGUACGUGCAGGGGUCUGAAAUUAACAACCACCAAAUACCUGUAAAGUUUGACUUUGGCAGAUAAAUCCUUAUCGGUUUUCUUCUUGAGAUGA